AUGGCAGAUGACAUUCUUCCUCUACAAGCCACACCCUCCAAUAUGAGGUCAGGAAAUGAUUUUGAACUAGUUUCUAGGUGUGGCCACCUAAGUUACCUGAAUGAUAGCCUUCAGUACCCAGAUCAAAGGAAUAAAAGAAUGGAUGCUGGCCCUGCAGAUGGGUCUUAUAAGCAGGAGAAACUAAUGAAAAUGACCUGGAUGCAGAAUACACCAGUGUGGGGUGACUCUCAGAUGAAGAAAGAGCAGUCUCCACAACUCACAAAGGGACAGGAACCAAGUCACUCCUUUUCUGGAUAUUCAACAAAUACUAAGUACAACCCACUCCAAAUAAAGGCAGAAAUAGCAAGUCAUCGGGAUAGGCUUUCCAGAUUAAAACGAGAGCUGACCCAGAUGAAGCAAGAACUGCUGUACAAAGAAAAGGGGUUGGAAACCCUGCAAGAGAUUGAUUGAAAGAUGUCAAGUGCUCACACCAGCUACAAACUGGAUGAGGCACAGGCUAUAAGGAGCGAACUCAGGACCAUCAAAACCAUUUGUACAGGUGAGAAGGAAAGGCGGGACCUGAUGCAAAGCCUGGUGAACCUUACCAAUGAUUUCAAGAAUUUCUCCUUUAUUACUGAGUCUCUGCAGGAUUUUUCUCAGAAUUCGGGCUCACUUGUAGAUUCUCAUUUGCCUCAACAGUUCUGUGAUGCUGUUUCUCAAACAGAUAUCAUUGGAGAGUUUGCCUUUGAUGAUAAAGCAAACCUUGUAGACCAAGUCAGACUUAAUCGGCAAUGUGAGGAGGACAGAAAGAGAGUCACAAAUAUCCAGAGGCAGCCCUCCCAGUUUGAGAGCGAGUCCUGGCUGGGCAUGGCCGAGGCCGACAGGGACCGGCUGCAGCUCAUCAAAGAGAAGGAGGCCCUGCUUCAGGAGCUGCAGCUCAUCGUCCAGCAGACGAGGCCGGCGGAAGACGUGGCCCGGCUGGAGGAGGAGCGGCGGCGCCUAGAGGAGGAGAUCCAGCGCUCCCAGGCCACAUCCGUGCAGGGUGCCACGGAAAGGAUUCUACUUCAGGAAAAAAGAAACUGUCUCCUGAUGCAGCUGGAAGAAGCCACCUGCCUAAUGUCCUAUCUCCAGUCCGAGUUACAAAGCCUGUCCGCCAGCACCCUGACCGUCUCCUCGGGGAGCAGCCGCGGCUCCCUGGCCUCGAGCCGGGGCUCCCCGAGCUCCGUCAGCUUCACCGACAUCUACGGCCUCCCGCAGUACGAGAAGCCCGACGCCGAGGGCGGCCCGCUCCUGCGCUUCGACCUCGUCCCCUUCGACUCCCUGGGCCGGGACGUCCCCUUGGCGGACGCCCCGGGCCCCGCAGACCUCCACAAACAGAGGCGCUCCCUGGACACGCCACAGUCCCUGGCGUCCCUGUCCUCGCGCUCCUCGCUGUCCUCGCUGUACCCACCCAGCUCGCCCUUGGACACGCCCUUCCUCCCGGCCUCGCGAGACUCGCCCCUGGCCCAGCUCGGGGACGCCUUCGAGGUGGCGGGCCUGGGCCCCCUGUACAGGCUGCGUGCUCAGGCCUCCGCCGUCGGGGACGAGGACCCGCCGGGCGCGGCGUCCCUGCCGCCGCACGGGUGCCCCAAGGACGGGGAAGGACCUCGCGAGCGAGGACCCCAAGCCGCUGCCGCUCCCAUGGCUGCAACAGCGACCCCCCGAGAAGACAGCGCCCAGAGGCUGGAGCGGAGAGCGCGCUGCGUGUCCACCUGCCUGUCCGAUUACUCGCUGGCCAGCGACAGCGGCGUGUUUGAACCUCCCACCAAAAGGAGUGAGGAUGCUGACGACCCUGCGCGUGGAGACGCUUCUGGUAACGAGGGCCCCCAGAUCCAUGUUGGAUUUUUGCACGACAGUGCCAGCGAGUGUCUCCUCGUGAACGUGCUCCAACUGAAGAACUUUGCCGGGCUGGUGGUGAAGGAAGACUGCAAAAUACACGUCUGCAUCUGUUUGCCUCUGCUUGACCCCGACACACCAAACACGUUCUGCUCUAAGGCUCUGGAAUUGAAAGCCCCCUUGGCGUUUAAUGAAGUUUUCAGAAUCCCUGUGCAUUCAAACAUGGUGAUGUUGAAGUCCCUUCAGUUAUACAUGUGCUCAGUGAAUCCUCAGUUGCAGGGAGAACUGUUGGGCAUUGGUCAGAUUAACUUGGCAGAUUACGAUGGUUCGAGCGAGAUGCAGCUGCGCUGGUACUCGGUGCAGGUGUUCACCGGCCCCGAGCCCCACCGGCGGGACGACGAGUGGCUGGGACACAACGACUCCCGGGACCCUGUGCCCGCCACCUCUCGGAAGUCAGACGCGGUGACGGUGCUGUUGGCGAGAACCAUGGCCCAGCUGCAGGCGGUGGAGAGAGAGCUGGCUGAGGAGCGGGUGAAGCUGGAGUACACGGAGGAGGAGGUCGUGGAGAUGGAGCGCAGGGCGGAGCAGGCCGAGGCUGUGUCCAAGAGGUGCAUAGGGGUAUUUUCUACUAGGAAAAAGGAGUGCCUUCGUUUAAGUUCUCCUAAUUAUAUUUCUAAAGGUAAUGAUUUAAGGGUCUUAAUAUUUGCAUUAGAAACGCCUACCAUCUGUACCGAGACCCUUUCCAAUGUAGCACAGCGUGUUUGGGAAGAAAAUGCCAAUUCUCGUUUCUUCUCUCAGGCAAAGGUUGAUAAGGAAACCAACACAGAAGAUCUCUUCCCAGAAGAGGUGGCGAGUCUGCCGAAGGAAGGGCCCGGCCGCAGGGCCCGCGGCUCGCCCUUCACGCGGAGCAGCACCAUUGUCCGUUCCCAGACUUUCUCGCCCGGAGCACGAAGCCAGUACGUUUGCAGCCUUUAUCGUAGUGACAGCGACAGUUCAACGCUGUCCCGGAAGUCUCCCUUUGUCUGAAACACUUUGGAAAGACGAACCCUUCGCUAUAAGCAGCCCUGCAGGUCCUCCCUGGCGGCGCUGGCGGCGCGCACGUUCCUGGACCUGCAGGCGACGCGGACGUGGCAGCGGCAGCUGAACGAGGAGCUGUGCGCCCUGCGCGAGCUGCGCCAGCGCCUGGAGGACGCCCAGCUCCGCGGCCACGCCGAGCCCCUGGCCUGGCUGCUGCGCAAUGAGCGCUUCCGGAGCCUGCUGCGGGAGGCCGAGAGGCAGAGGAGACAGACCAAACCUGACUUCCAUCAAGAACAGGCAGCUGAGAAGAUGCUGAAGAAGGCCUCCAAAGGGGUGUGCCAGCUGCGCAGGCAGAACCUCAAAGAGCCCAUCCAGGUGCAGGCGUUCAGGGAGAAGGUAACAAUUUUCAAGAGACCAAGGACCAACAUACCUCCGCUGCCGACUGAUGAUGUUUGAUGAAGUAUUUAUCUGCCU